AUGCCGACACUGGCAAAUGUUCUAUCAGGUCUGCAUUAUUCCAUCCCUUCCUGCCAUUAUGGAAACCAGCAAGCUGCCUACGGCGUGAUGGCAGGUAAGAAAUGUUCCCUUAAAACCAGUGGGCCCAUAAAGUGGGGGGGGAUACAUCUGUAACUAAUUCAGUUUGUCUCAACUGAAAUGGUAUUACUGCACUCUCAACUUCCCCUCCCCCUUUUUACCCAGGUAUCAAGCCUGCAGGUCCAGAUAUGCUGGCAGCCAGCCUCUCUCAAAGCCGCAUUUUGCAGACCUGCAGUAUGCCCCAUCCUAACAUUGUGAAUGGUGUUGGCACAUUGCAAGGCAAGUCUGUCCUGUUUCAUUUUGUUUUGUUUCCCCUAACUGAUUAACCUUAUUACAUAAAAGACUUCAGUGCCUGAGAGGCAUUCCUGUAACAGCGGUAGUUCAAAAUCAAAAGGAGCAGGGUUUAAAUCUUAAUUGCCAUUUAAAAACGAUGAAAAGCCAUACAGAAUCGGGAUGACUAAAAGAGACCUUGUGGUUGGAGCUAGUCAUCAUCAUCGGGAAUGAAUGAAUGAAUGAAUGAAUCUUUAUUUGCAUCAGCCAUCGGCCAUAGCAAUAAAACAACAGUACGAUAUACAAAGAAUGAAAAUAAACAGACAAUUAUAUAAAAUGCAUUUUAGGGUUUAUAAUCAAUAGUCAAAUAGUGGAUCUUAUUCUGAUUGCCCCAGCUAAAAACCUUGCAACCAUUGCUGUCACCUGCUCAUCUUGAUCUGCCAAGAGAAAGGACACUGUAGCAGUGGUUGGGCGACCCGGAAUGGACAAUAAAAGAGGGGUGAUGAUCUCAUUCCUCAAGUCUUUAUAAAGAGUGCAAGCCAGAAGGGCAUGCACCACCGAUUCAGUACUGCCAUCUCCACAGGGACAUAAGUGUUUUUCAUAUUGAAUCUGUUGGAAUUGUCCCUCAAGUACAGCCAUUUAGAAACGAUGAAAAGCCACACAGAAUGAGGAUGACUAAAAGGGACCUUGUGGUAGGAGCUAGUCAUCUUCAUCAGGAGGGAAUUCUGCAAGCUCAGGAGCUGCCCCAGAAAAGGCCCCUUCUUGUCUAUUCACUAACCAAAUCUAUUUUUCUGGUGGGAGAUACGAAAGGACUUCUUAGCCUGUGGAAAGGUUCAUAUAGGAAGAGAUAGUGUUUCAGAUAGCCUGGCCCUCAGCUUUUUAGGGUUUUAGCACCUUUAGUGGGCUUGGAAGCAAACUGGGAAGCCAGCACAGUCUAUUUGUUUAUUCAUUUCCAAUAUUUAUAGGCCACUUUUCACCACAGAGGGCCACAGAACAGUUUACAGAACAAUCAAUAACACCAGUGGACAUAAGACCUGGGUAAUAUGAAACAAGAAUAAGCUAUUAAGACUUCAAUCCCAUGCAACUUACCUGGGAGUGUGUCCCAUUGAUCUUGGUGAGGCUUACUUCUGAGUAAAAGUCUGUCUAGGAUUGCACUGCUGCUAAAUGAUGUGAGCUAGGAAAUUAUAGCAUUUGUUUUUGUUCUCCAACAGGUAGCCUCACCCCUUGCCUUUAUAAAUUCCCUGACCAUGCGCUGAGUGCCAGUUCAUGUGCUCUGGGCCACAGCUUUCCUUCCAUGCACCCCUCCAUCCUUGGAGAUGACUCAGUCACUGAUUUUAAGCAGGAAUUCCGCAAGAAGAACAAGUCAAUCGAAGAACCAAUAGACAUGGAUUCUCCUGAAAUCAGGGAGCUAGAAAAGUUUGCCAACGAAUUCAAGCUGAGAAGAAUUAAGCUGGGUAUGUGACUCAUUUAACUAAAGAUGUUAGGAGAUUUUUAAAAGAAUCUUUUGUUUAUGCUAAAGCGACAAAUGCAUGGAUUGUGGCAGACUGAUAAUGAUAAAAUGGUCAACUUUCAGCAGCAGAGUAGAAAGGGCAGUGUGAAAGGUCCAUGUCUAAGUACUACUGCAAAUGAACUGGGUUUUUACCCAAUACUGGAGUUUUUCAAGCCUCCCACAUUCUUCAAAAAUGGUGCACUGAUAUAAAUGAUCCUAUGCAGGAAAUCUAAAUGUGAAUGUCUUUUCUGAGUAGUAGGAAAUGUAUAGCACAAGCCUUAUAUAGUGCAAGGAUAACUCCCAGGCUCCCUUUUUAGUUUGCCUGCUUCUGUGUUAAAAUUAAAACAUUUUAUUUUGUACAAGCAACAGGGAGUCUUGUGACAGCUUAAAAACAAAGAAAUUUACUUUGGCAUAACUUUUGUGGCAUGUGGUGCAUAAAGUGGCUGUAGAUGCAUUAAGCAUUAUCCAUAGAUGCAGAAUCAUCCUAUUUACUGAUCUCACUGAGGUCAGAAGAAAAAAAAAAGCAGAGAGGUACAGGGAGUGCGAAUUAUGGCAUUACCAGUGGCCAUUCAUGUAAAGUUGAUAAUUUGGACAGCCUGGCAUUGGUUAGCUAAUUAGCAAAUGCAGUCUCCAAGGUGACACAGGAUUCUUUGUUAUUUUUGCAGCCACAGAUUAAUGGCUUCCCCACUGGAAAACCUUUUCUGUGUCUGAUUGGUGUGAAAUCAAAAUCAGGUUUUAUUAAAUGAAAGAAAAAUUCCGGAAGAGCUUCAAAAUCAUCAGUGUAUGCAUAUAUAUAGGUGGGUGAGUGGAUGUGUAGACAGAUAAAUAGAUAGGUGGAGAAAGUGUUCCUAUGCCAGCAUCUUUCCCUGAGCUUGUAGGGUUGUUUUCUUUUGGCAGGUUAUACCCAAACUAAUGUUGGAGAGGCUUUGGCUGCCGUGCAUGGCUCUGAGUUCAGCCAAACAACUAUUUGCCGGUUUGAAAACUUGCAGCUGAGCUUCAAGAAUGCUUGCAAACUAAAAUCCAUCCUAACCAAGUGGCUGGAGGAAGCAGAACAAGUAGGAGGUAUAACCCAAAAUUCCACGGCUCUUCUUAAAGGAGAUUUCCUUGCUUGUGUGCAUUGAAACUGAUGUGGAGCAGAGAACAGGCCUGCUCCAGCAACCCCUUUAGCACGUUUAGUCAAGGGAGGAAGCAGGAUUGUUCCCUCUAGCUCUGUCCCAGGUGCCAAUGAACCAGGUGACAAAGCGCCCCCUGGGUCUUAGGUGUGGGUCCUAUUUUGAAAUCACUGAAAUGUGAGUGUUUAGUUCACAGGAAUGGCAGGUCGCAAUAGCGUUUGAUACUGUGCAUGUUAUCAUUGGAAGUCGCUUUCUCUCACAAUGUUCUGUUCUGCAGCUUUAUACAAUGAAAAAGUUGGAGUGAAUGAGCGGAAAAGGAAACGCAGAACAACCAUAAGGUAAUGCGGCUGGAUGCUGAACUGGGCUUUUCAGCUUUGGGAAACGCAGGCAGUCAGCCCUUGAGUAUUCCCACCUGUAGGAAUAGCCUCCUGAGGCUGCCAUCCUACAUACCAGGGGUUAGGGACUUUGGGUCCAGGGGCAAAAGGCAGCCUACCUGGUCUUUCUAGCCAGCCCUCAAGACUUUCCCCACAUGUCCCCUAGGAUGAACCCCCAAUGGCCCUGCUCUAUGCCACCCAUGGGUGCUUUUGCGCGUCUUACUCAUCUGGAUGGAUGAUGGAGGGGUGUGUAAACUUCUGACUCUUGUGUGGCUAGAAUGUAGCCUCCUGUGGAAAGGUAAGAGUCUUCCCAUUGGCCCACUAUUGCCUCGGGCCCGGCCCACUAAUGCAAUGCAGCCCUUAGGCACAAAGAGGGGACCCUUCCCUGCUAUAAAACACUUGUCUGAGGCUAAGAACCUAGAAUCAUAGAAUUGUAUAGUUAGAAAGCCCCCCACCCCUGGUGGCUUGUAGAAUUAGGCUGCUUAGCUUUUUUCCCUUUAGUUGUUUUGUUAAUAAGUGUUUUAUAGACGAUGGUUGCUUUGCUGAUGAUUUGUAAUUGUUUUACGGGCGAUCUGUUAAUUAUUCUACGUGAUUUAUGUUGUAAUUGUGAUGGUCUGUUAUGUUGUUUAUUGUUUUAAGCCACUUUGUGAUUCACAUAAGUGAAAAGUGGCAUAGAAAUAUAAUGAUUGAAUGACCCUGAGGGUCAUCUAGUGCAACCGAAUCCUGCCCACAGCCUUCCCUGGGUGGGCUCGAACCAACAACCUUCUGGUUAAUAGCCAGAUGCCCUGACCCAUUGCAUCACUUCCAAAUACACAUGUAUAGGAUUGCCUUGUUAAUUACAUAUACAGUCCUUAUAUUUGGUUGGGGGGGGGUGAGGUCCAAAACAUCACACUAUUUUCCUCCAUAUAUCUAGUUACAGGUAGGCAGCCGUGUUGGUCUGCCGUAGUCAAAACAAAAUAAAAAAAUUCCUUCCAGUAGAACAUAAGUUUGUUAUUGGUAUGAGCUUUCGUGUGCAUGUUAUCUGAAGGAGUGUGCAUGCAUAUGAAAGCUCAUACCAAUAACAAACUUAGUUGGUCUCUAAGGUACUACUGAAAGAAAUUUUUUUAUUUUGUUCUUCCAUAUACUUCCAGUUGAGUUUAUGGUCCCUUUAAAAGACCCGUGCUAAUUCAAUCUUCUACGAUUUUGAAUCGAUAAAAACCACAAAGUUUUGUUCUACUCCACCACCCUGCCGAUACUGAUACACCCACACCCACCCACCUAUUCCUGGCUUGUUUAACCUCUGCAACACAAAUACAUUGCAAAGUACAACUUCUCUAAAAAGAAACCCUGAAAAGGGAACGUACCAUCCCGGCUGUUUUGCAUCAGAAUCCUACCUGCUCUGCUCAGCCCCUUUCAUGUCAAACAUAAAGUAUAAUGCUGCCCCCUUGUGGUCAAAAUUAAAAAUUGUUCCGCUACGGAGGGAAUUGUUUUUUGUUAUCCCACUUGGCUUUAAAAGAAAUAUACCCAGGCUACAAAUGACAUGUGGAUGUCAUACUUUUUUCCCUGUCAUGUAUGUGAAACGCCUUGCAUGAACUGGCCCAUAGCUUCCAUGCAGCCUGAGAUACCAAGGAUAUGAUCGAAUUGUUAUGGUUCUCCUUUCUAGCAUUGCAGCCAAAGAAGCUCUCGAGAGCCAUUUUGCAGAACAAAGCAAGCCCUCAUCUCAGGAGAUCAUGAGGAUGGCCGAGGGGCUCAAUCUGGAGAAGGAAGUGGUGAGGGUCUGGUUCUGCAACAGAAGGCAAAGAGAGAAGAGAGUGAAGACCAGUUUGCACCAGAACACCUUCAAUUCCAUGAUUAAGGACCACCAAGAGUGCCACUAG